AUACAGAGCAGUGAGAGUGAUAGGGUGUUAGCGAGUUUUCGACCCAAAGCUCUUUUGUGAUGGACUUUGAGCUUUGAGUAGCAAAAAAGUAACGGUCAUCUGUCAUAGUUUAGUAUUUGAAGAACCACUGGAGCUUUCGGCAAUUUGGAUCGUAGCUAAAUUGCUCUAGUCUUUUCUGGAGGAUAAAAAAUCGGGAAUUUUGGGUCUCCCGCAGUUCGUUGGCAUUGUGUGCGAGUUGUGUCUUUUGCCAGAACUGGCGUUUGGUUGGUGUGGCGUUCCUUGGAGUUCCUGGGUUUCACAGAGGGUUACUUGCUGGUGCCCAUGAUAAGCUGAAGAAGAAAAAAAAAAAAAAAACAUAACAGUUUUUUCUUUUCCUAAAGUAUUUUUUUUUUUUUUGUUUUUUAGUUUUUGGUAUUUUUUUUCCAAAGUCAUCUUAUUAAAUCCAGUUCAUGAUGGAUUCAGACGCCUAGAAGACCAAUUAUGGGACCCUCCCCAAAAUUUAACCUCGAGUAUGAGGACUGCCUUGUGAUUGUGGAGGGUAAGGUGGUUUUUGGAGUGCGCGUUUUCAAGGGUGACCGAUGUGUGGCCCCUCUAGCUGGGGACACGGGCCUUUAGGGUCUGCUAAAUGGCCCGCGGCGACAACAGGACUAGAUGACCCUCGCCGCACGCCUCUCGAAGGUACAAAAGCACGCAGCAGAAGGGACAAACAACAGGACCCGAUCCCUCACAAUGUCAAGAAUGACCCCGGACGCCCUGACAUCAGCUAUCCAUGCGUGCUGAGAGAAUUUCCAUGCCCUCAGAGGAGGGCUUCUACUGCCCAGCCGUCGCUGCUGGGCACUCUUGGGAUUAUAGCGCCAGCCAAAGUCCUAGUAAAAACAACACAUGGUUAGGGAAGUGCCAAGGAAGUUCUAAAGAACGACGUGGGCGUCCCAUCGCGUCAUCGUCCUUUCUUCCUCUACACCUCGUCCUGACGACCGCCCUCGUCUUCCUCGUCGCCAGCCUUCAACCAGCUUCUGCAGGGCUGGUCUUGAGCGAUCACAUCCUCCACUUCGAGCCAGUUUUUUACGACGAGACCCACCUCCGCUCCCAACACCACCGUGCCAAAAGGGACGCCAACCACGUGGUUAGCCUCCACUUCACUGCUCAUAACAGAUUGUUCAAGUUACGCCUCCGCCGUGAUACCUCCAUCUUCGCCGACGACGUCAUCUUCGAAACUAGCGAUGGCCCCAUCGACUUCGAUCUCGACAAGGUGUACUCGGGCACUCUGGAAGAUGACCACUUAGCUGAGGUGGAGGGCGUGGUUACCAGCGAUGGUCUCUUCGAUGGCCACGUGUCCACACCAAAUGAGCUCUAUUACCUGGAGCCCGCCAACAGGUAUCUGGAGGGAGCCGAGUUCCAUUCAGUCAUGUACAAGGCGUCGGACGUGGCUCACCCGACCCUAUCCAGGUGCUCCUCACAGCAGUUGCACGUCAGCGGCCGCGUCCACACCCCCUGGGGACCUCCUCCGUCUUCAUCACCCGAUCCCCAAGUCGAUCCAGGGAUCGUCGCCGAAGAGGACGCCGGGCAAGACGACGGUGAUGCUGACGUCCAGCCGAGGGCCGAAGGGCCUUCAUCGUUUCAUUCUUCCAUUUCGUCCAAUGUGGCGUCGCUGCCACAUAGAGCAGGUGCCGUUCCGUCGCCAAAGCUGCAAGAUGUUAACCCCAAACAUAAGGCUGUGACUCUUAGUAAAAGUUUAUAUGACUCCACUAGUGAUAAUGUUGAUUUCAGCAGCAGCAAAACUCCCGGUGCAUCUACUGCUACCUCUUCUGCGUCUCCCUUCUCCCCCUCCUACUCUUCUUCGUCUUCCUCUUCCUCCAAAGAUGAUGAUGAUGAUGAUGAUGGUGUCACUGAUAGGCCUCGUGAGGCCCCCUCUCCUUCCUCUGGUUCUCAUCCAACUUCAUCCACGUGUUAUACUGAAUCUAGCUGUCGUCGUAGUUAUACAUCCACAGAGAGAUCUACUUUUGAUAAAAAAUCAUCACAUUUUGUAGCCAAGAAGUUCAAACAACAACACUUUCAGGACCCAAGUCCUGCUGGUGCUCAGUCCAACACCCGCCCUCAAUCACACAACAAAAAUAAAACCAUUAUGGCGUCCCCAGAUAAUGCUUCUUCAUCCGCCCUGGACUUUGAGCUGGUUUAUGAACCCACAGGUGAAAAAGAUGCCAUGCCGUCUAAACCCUCGAGCAAUUUCACUCGUAGGAAAACAGGCGCCAGGUCCCCAGUGCUUCCAGAAAGUGAGCAUCAUUUAUGGCUUAAAAAUUCUCGGAAGAAGAGAUCGACUGUCGAUCCCCAAAAGACGACUUGCAUGCUGUACCUCCAGGCCGACCAUCUCUUCUUUGAGAGAAUCGGAUCGGAGGAGAAAUGCAUCGAUACGAUUACUCGCCACGUUCAGAGGGUCAAUAACAUCUACAAAGUUACAGAUUUCGAUUCUGACAAAGCUGCUGACAAAAUUGGGUUCAUGAUCAAAAGAAUCAAAAUUCACACACCGAACGCCCUGAACGACCCCACCUAUCGCUUCCCUGGAAACUACGGCGUCGAAAAGUUCCUGGAGCUCUUUUCUGAAGAGGAUUACGACGCCUUCUGUCUGGCUUACAUGUUCACCUACAGGGAUUUCGAAGGAGGGACCUUGGGAUUAGCAUGGACGGGUGAUCUCAAGAAUGCUGGUGGUGUCUGUGAGAAAAACGGGCACUAUCGAGGUAGUUUGAAGAGUCUAAACACGGGUAUCGUUACACUUCUUAACUACGGAAAGCAUGUACCUCCAGCUGUGAGUCACGUGACUUUGGCUCAUGAGAUCGGCCACAAUUUCGGUAGUCCUCACGAUCCCGAGUCGGACACUCGGUGCACACCUGGUGGCCCUGACGGAAACUAUAUUAUGUAUGCAAGAGCGACAUCAGGGGAUAAGCAAAACAACAACAAAUUCUCGCCCUGCUCGCUGAGGCAGAUAAACAGCGUGCUGAACUCGAAGGCCAGAGACACGAAGGGCUGCUUCACGCAGCCUCAAGCGGCCAUCUGUGGAAACGGGGUAGUGGAGAAGGGCGAAGACUGUGACUGUGGGUGGGAGGAGGACUGUGAGGAGACUUGCUGCUACCCCAUGAAGACCAACCCGAAGAAAGGCCAGACUCCCUGCACUCUGAGACCCAACAAAACCUGUUCACCUUCACAGGGGCCUUGCUGCACCAAUGACUGCCACUUGAAAGAGCGGGACAAGUGUCGAGAUGACAAUGGCUGUCGAGAUGCUUCCUACUGCAAUGGAAGGUAUCCUCAGUGUCCUCCCUCAACAAAUAAGCCAAACAAGACAAUUUGUAAUGAAGAGUUUGUGUGCUACAAGGGUGAAUGUUCUGGAUCCAUUUGCCUGGCGUAUGGCCUGGAGUCAUGCCAGUGCAAUCGUAAGCGAGGUGACGCUAUUACCAAGUCCUGUGAAUUAUGCUGUAAACACCCAGGAGAAAAUCAACCAUGCAAAUCAUCUUUUGAAUGGAAUGAUGCUCCGUACGAUAUCCCAGACAUGUAUGCAAAAGCUGGCACGCCUUGCAAUGACUACAAAGGAUACUGUGAUGUAUUUAAGAAGUGUAGAGAGGUGGAUCCAUCCGGCCCAUUAGCGACUUUGCGCGGUCUUUUAUUGAGUGAUGAAUCCUUAGCCAAUCUCCAACGGUGGAUUGUUGAACACUGGUAUGCCGUCCUCUUCGUCAUCUUUGCUGUCAUGGUGCUAUUGGUGGCGAUCAUCAAAGUGUUCGGGAAGAAUCCAAGGAAGAAGAAAGUGACCACCAACAAAACGAUCAGGCAUAAGAACGAUAGUACCGCUCAAUACACUGUUCCUGCUACUGGAGCUACAGCUAACGGGACGUCAGAUGGUGCUGCCAACCACGUUGUUCAUCCAACAGUCGUGAGAACAAACUUACCUUUCAAGAGAAAGGUGAAUGAGGUUCGCAGAGCUGCGACUAAAGCUAAGCGAGCAGCUAAGAGUCAGCUCAGUCGUCCUACUAAGAAGUCGAGCCGUCGCCCUGAUGGCACCGUUACGUCGCCAACCGAAUCUGAAAAGAGUGGCCCGGGUAUUGCAGAUGGGGCAGCUGUUCCAAGUGGUACUCGUGUUAAAGAUAGACUCUCCAGCAGGGUCUCUAUUUUCAGCUUUAAGACAUUUAGACCAAAAUCACUGAGUCCAGAUAAACAUAAAAGUAAGAGUGCUGAUAAGAGAAAAUCAAAGAGCGGUAAUGACAAAAAAUCUAAAGUCAAAAGCUCGAAAGGUCACCACAGAAGCCGCAGUCCUGAUAAAAAAAGAAGAGCAGAUGGACGCUCUGCAGAGAGUCCUGAUAAGCACAGACGAUCCCGUAGUCCUAACAAAAGAGCUAGCCUUGAGGACGAUCGAAAGAAGUCCAGGAAUCGCUCUGUGAGUCCUGAUAAGGUACGUCGGUCUGCCAGUCCUGAUAAGAUGCAGAGACAUAGAGCUAGAAGCCCAGAUAAGCACAGAAAAAUGAGUGAAGGAAAUUGGUUAAUUAACAAGUUCCUUGCAGAUGAAGAGAAGACAGCAAAACCUAUAGUAAAUGGUUCUCUUGUUGGUUCACUGAACGGAUCCAUCAGCUCAGUCAGUGCUGUUUUAGGCGGACCAACCAAUAGCCCACAGAUAAGCUUGGCUAGAAAUGGAUCAACACGUGGUUUGCUGACUAGUGACAGCAAUAGAGCUAGUCCAUUAAGAGGGUUUGUUAAUGAGGCUUUCAUUAGCUCCCCUCGAGGAGCUCGUACACAUAGUUCUCUCAGAGUUACAAAGUCAGUUAGUCCAGAAGGUUUGGACUUUGACUUUGGGCCUAGUAAAUAUCGGAGAUCGAUCAGUAUGGAGGCUUAUAACAGACCUUGUGUUAGUCCUGAUAAGAGAAAACGUUCUGUGCUAGAUGAAGGUCUCAGCCCAGACAAAAGGAGGAGAUUCAGCAGCCCAGAGAAAACUCAGCGGGUGCCCAGUCCUCCCAAAGAGUACAGGUUUAGUCAUUCCGAUAAGACUCGCCACACUAUAGAAAUGGAGAAAAGGCGAUCUAUGUCACCUCCAUCUUCGAAGCCUAAUUCUUACUCAUCUGUUCCUGAAAGACUUCGAGAAAAACUCUCUCUAAUUACCGCUAGUCCUUCGGGCAGCGUUGCCUCCAUCCUGCCUCCUUCAGAGCCUGUGGACACUGUUAGUCUUCAUUCCUCAAACCAAUCUACUCAUUCCAUUCGAGGUCAACCCAAAGACUGGGUAUGAGUUUUUAAACAAUGUGAUAAGGACUGAUAAGAGAACUGUUGCAGUGUUAUUACAGCUACAACUCUGAUCUAAGUAGUUUCUAUGUGACUUUUGUGGAAGUAUAAUUACAAUAAAGUGAUUCAUUAGUUGUAUAUGACUGAGGAUGUAGAAUCCAUUUUGUGCCAACAACUUUUACUUUAUUGUUCAUGAAACAGAAAUUCACAAGUCCACUGUACACGUGUAGUCUCAUUCCAUAUAAUGCAUUUCACAUACAGUUAAUCACGGAAGUGAUUAUCUGUAAACUGUAAGUUGAUGCCGUAUAUUUCCUUAAAUGCAUAUUUGAUUUCCCUUAUGAUUCUUAUUUAAUGCAUUCAGUAUUUA